CGUACCGCCGUGCACCGCGCGCGCGCGCGCGCGAGAUCGAUCAUCUAUGCCAAUCUGCUUCGUGUUUUCUCGAAGCUGCAUUUAAGAUACGAUGCGAUUUUCCACCGCGCAAGAAAAGCGCCGAGGAUAACCGGCCUGAUGAUAGAUUGCACGCGCGAAUUACCAACGCGCGCGGAGAUUGGAACGGAAAAGUUGCGAAGAUUCGAUCUUCGCAAGUUCCACUGGCAUGAGACUGAAGGCGAAAUCAAACAUAAAAUCUAAAAAUCGAUUCAAGAACGUCUCAUAAAUUGGAAAAUCAUGAUAAUCGCAAUGUGACGUACGCCUUGAAGAGCGCGGCGUGACGGCCGACCCGACCCUAUCGACUAAACAAUUCAUAACUGACGGUGACCAUGGCGCUGUACUCUUGUUUUCAGUGAUCGGUUACGUCAGUUUUAGCUGGAAUUGCCGAUCCGUGUUUUCAUAGAAAUUUUCUGAGAAAGAUCCAAUUGCAAAACCGCUCUUAAUCAUGAGCGCGUUUAUCGAACACGAUGAUAAAGCAUUGGACAGCCCACGUAAUCUCUCGUUCAAUUCCCUAGCGGAGGAUAACAGUCAAACUUUUGUAUCGCCUGUUACUCGUACGAGCGCAUCUUCGGUAUCCGAACUCAAGGAUUACCCAGCAGAGCGUGAGAUUCUAAGCAACGUUCAAUCUGAAGUGCAGAGUUGCGAAAAUGUAUGCGGAAAUGAAAAAAUAGAAGCGACAAACAACGAUAAAUACGACGCUCUGUCAGUUCUCUUAAAUUACGAUCCGAUGUUCGAUUUGAAUUGCGAAAAGUCGUCUUAUUUUAAUUCUAGUAUAAGCGAUUGUGAUCUUUCCAUGUACGACGAUUUCGAUUACGACAAGACAAUCCAGGCAGAAGAUAGCGACGACAAUGAGAAAACGAUUCGAAAUGAAUUCCUGACGGACGAUCAACGUGCGAAUUCUUUAAACAGUUUGACAGAAUUGCAAGACAGUCCCGUUAGCACUGAUUCGACAUAUGAAAAAAUAUAUCAAGCGAGAUGUGGUGAAGAAAAAUUCAUCGAUUCAGGGAUUUCCUUGACUAGCGGACUAAACAUAAAGGACAAUAACGAGUUUAUGCGACAAAUCAUUGACGAUUGUAUUAAUUCGCGAGAUAUUCUUGAAGAAAGCAGUGUCAUUGCUUGUGAAACUAUUAAUAGAGACAUAAAAAAUAAAGAAAUGAAGCUUGCACAGAAUGUUACGUGUAUAAAUAUCGAAGAUUCUCUUCAAGAAGAAGAGAAACUAGAUAUAGAAAACGUGUCAUUUUCGACAAUAGAAUCUAGUAAUUGUUUUAUAAGUAAUAAUAAGAAUUAUCUUAAAGACGACGUCGAUUUUCCGAAAUGUGUGGAAGAGACCGCGAUGCACGCGUUAAGCUCCGAAGAGGAAACCACUAUCGAGAAAACGAUGACAGAGAUAAAAAAGAUGGAAAAGAUAAUCAAGAAUCUAUUGUGCGCCAGUGACGAUGAGCAUUACGACUCGGCGGAGGAGCGAAUAGAGGACUUGUCCGCGAAAAUGGAGAACGAUCACGAUGACGUGAUGAGGAAGAUUAUCGAGAGUUGCUCCGACGUUUCCGCGGAUUUUCAGCAAGGUUCGCCGAUCCGCGCGAUUCCGAGUGCAGAUCCCGUACGAUCGAGCAGCGAGUGUGCACUUUCGAAAUUUCGAGGAAACGAACUCUACCCACGUCGUCGCGUCGUUUCGGACACUGCCAUAGCGAAAGAAGAUAUACUGAGAACUAUAAAGGAAGCGGAGAAGAUACUGACUGACAGUCCGUGUUGGGAUACGUGGGAGGCAACUGCCGAUCAGACAACUGAGAAUUAUGACAGAAAUAAUUCGUCGGAAAAAUCCACGGAAGAGGUAAAAAAUAAUAAAAGAUUAAAUGAAACAGUAAGUAAAAAAAAAAUUGAUUUUAUUGAGAACGAAGACAAUAAGAUAAAUCCAGCAAAUACGGUAAUCGAAAAGAUCUCGGAGUCUGAAAGUAACGUUGUUGAAAGUAAUUUGCAAAAAUUAGACGAAAUUACUCGUCUAGAUCGUCCUAGAUCGCGCACCGAGAUUCGGGAGACUUUGGAGAAGAUAGCAAAGGAAAAGAGGAAGAUAGAAGAUCGAAAGAAUGAAUCGCUAGAGGCGCUGUCGAAAAAAUUCGAGGAAAUUGACAGAAUCGUUGCCGAUCAUAAUUAUUCCUUUCUCGAAUCCGCUGACGAUUCCUACGAGCUCAAAACUCCGGAGGAUACCGCCGUCGAUUCUGACAGUCUCGAUGAGUUUCCGGAAAAUUUCGAGGUUCCUUUAACGAAGUCCGAAAUAGCCGAGAAUUUGAAAAUCGAGGAGUUGGAAAAAGAACUCGCGGACGAAAUAAAUGAGCACAAGAAACUUAUGGAUGAAUAUCAGAGAAUUAUUACGACGGAUUUAGAGAAGAUUCAGUUGACUUUGGAGUCAGAAUCGACGCAAGCUUGCGAUGACACAGAUCAUAUCAUCGAAGAUAUCAAUGAAGAAAUCCAAACUGAAUCUAAAAAUAAUGAGAAGAUAAGUGAGGAAAUUUCAAAUGAAACAUCUGAAACGACGAAUGAUACAACAGUAAUUAAAAUCGAUUCGGAAUCCGACGAUUCUUUCAUGGAGGAGUUGAAGGAACCGGAAAGGACGUACAUCAAAGGAAAAAUUUAUGAUUUCGAUGAGAAAAAGCAUGGUGUUAGGAUGACAGAAGAGCUGAUCAAGAAGCACUGCAAGGAGCACAAGCUCUACCAGACUCCGUAUUUGAACGACGUUCUGUACUUGCAUUAUAAAGGAUUUUCCUUUAUUGAGAACCUCGAGAAGUACACGGGUCUGAAGUGUUUGUGGCUGGAGAGCAACGGUAUACACGAGAUCGCUAAUUUAGAAAAUCAGAGCGAGCUCAAGUGCCUGUAUCUACACCACAACCUCGUCAGCAAGAUCGAGAACCUCGAGUGCCUGACGAAGCUCGACACCCUAAACCUCUCGCACAACACGAUACGGAGGAUCGAGAAUCUCGACAGCCUCAAGUUCCUGAACAACCUGAACCUGUCGCACAACUAUCUACGAGAAACCGCUGACAUCGAGCAUCUCCGUCUGCUGCACGCGCUCUCGAUCUUGGACAUCUCACACAACAGGAUCGACACCUGCGACGUCGUUAACAUUUUGGGAGACAUGAAGUCGUUGCGCGUCGUAACGUUGACCGGCAACCCGGUGCUCAAGCAGAUAAAGAUGUAUCGCAAGACGAUGAUCCUCAAAUGCAAGAAUCUCCAGUAUCUCGAUACUCGACCGGUGUUCCCGCGCGAUCGCGCCUGCGCCGAGGCCUGGAUGCGCGGCGGCGUCGACGAGGAGGUGGCCGAGAGGAAUCGGUGGAUCCAGGCGGAGCAGAAGAAAAUCAACGACAGUGUCAUGGCCCUGAUAAACAAAAGGAAGCUGUGCAAACCGGUCGGGACGUCCGAAAAGGAGGCGACGGAUAAGAAGAAGAAGGAGGAGACGAAGGAGGAGACGAAGGAGGCGGUGGAAGAGGAAGAGGAGGAAAAGGACGAAGAAGUCGCGACGAAAUCGAACGCGCGCACCGCGACGAGGAGCAGCGGACUGCUCGACUUGGAGAGGAAGAAAAAAUCCGAGGAACGAUCCUUCCUCGGUUCCUACAACUCCCCAUCGUCGUCGUCGUCGUCAUCGUCGUCGUCGUCAUCAUUGGUAGACGAGCAGUUCGCGGACGACGAAGAAAACGAGCGCGUGCGGCAAAAAGGAGGCGAGGAAAGUGACGGAAGGAGGCCAAUAGCGGAGCAAGAGAGAAAAGUUUCCAAUGGAAACAACGGGGAGCUUCUGCUGCCCUGGAAAGUCGAGGUUCGAGAGGAGAUCCAGCCGCGUACGCUGAUUGAAGAAGUAUCGGAAUCUAAAAGAUACGACGAUAAUACGGAGAGAAAAUGGCAUGAAAAACAAAUUUUGGAUAAUUAUAAAAGUGCGGAUGAUCCACUCGAUGGUCAUAUCGGCGAGAUUUUCGAUAAAAAAGAAAUAUUGGAGGCACAAAUAGAGAAAGAAAAGAUGGCAGAUCUACAAGAAUCGAUCGAUGACUGUAAUAAAGCUAACGAUCGUAAAAACGAAAGAACGACUACCUGUUCGGUAUCGUGUGACACGUCGGAUCUAAAACAGAUGUUAGAAGGAGACCAACAAAAACUCGCAAAUGCAGUCAUCAACGUGGGAGACGAUAUAUCGAGUAAAAAUAUCAAGAGCUAUCCAAAAAAAAGCAGGGAAUAUCCAUUCGGUUCUAAACUUAGCAGCAUCCGUGAAGAAAUGAGAGAAUUCUGCGACAGUAUGGAUAGGUUUGUUGACGAAAACAAGAUAGUGUUCAAGAACGGCGAGGUGGAGGGAUUCUGGGGCGGGAGGAAGAUGGUGGACGAGAAUUUGCAGACUGAUUUUGCUGAUGAUAACAGGACCGAAGAAACCGGGACCAAGGCUUCCGCGAGCGACGAAGAUAAACUGCGAUGGUGGAGUACCAAGGAGAGAAAACUGAAGGUCAGGGAGAUCCUAAAGAAGCGAGAGGACGAGGCGAAGGAAUACAAAGUGGAAGCAAAGGAUGCCGAAAUAGAUGAAAAAUCCGAUUGCCGUACAUCGGAAGACGAGAAGCGACCGUCCGAUGUCACAAACAAUUUUCAGGACGUUUACGACUUGAUGACACUCAAGACUUGCCCGUCGAUUGUUCUUCUGGAUUCGGCAAAAACGUACGCCGUGCAAGACGCGGAAGAUUACGAAUACGAGCAAUCCGCAAAGAUACAGCAGGAAGAACCGCGCGGAUUGUUCCACAGUCUCUUUGCCGAAUUGAGAAAUCGGGACUGCGUGCAGAAAACACGCGGACCGAAAGCUUCAACCGAAUUAAUGGUUCUAGAGGAAAGAUUGGAAAAGUCAGCCAUCGACACACAGAAGGAAAGUAUCUGUGCUCUCGUCAAUAUGAAAGAUAUCAUCGAUUCCGAUGAACAAUCUUCGAGAUGCGAAAAUAUCAUAGAGAUGAAUAAUUCUGCGAAAAUCGAAGUUUUGGAAGAUAAAGUUAAUAAUCUUUCACUCGAAUCUUCGGAAGGGAAAAAAAACAUCGAUGAAUCCGACGACGAUUCCUUUAAGACGGCAACAUCCGUUCAAGAAGAUUCGCAAAUUUCGGAAAGCAAUUAUGAAUCAUCGAACGUUUUAAGAUCGACUAAUAUGGAGAAUAAUUUUGUCAAAAUUAUCGAUUCAAUUAAAAAUGAAAAUAUCGACCAUUUGGAAGAUAAUUCUUGGAAGGAAAUAAUUUCAAAUAAAGAACGUAACGACGCGAAUUGCAUGGCUGAGAAAAAUAAUAAGUCAGAAAAAUCUUCUGAUAAAAUAGAGAUAUCGAAGGAGGGAGAAUUUUCAACUGAAACAGAACGAUUUAAUUCUCAAAUGGAAUCGCUCGUUCGAACAAUAGAUCAUUUAUCUCUGGACAAAACGAGCCACUCUUCAAGACUGACCGGUAAAAGAACUCGCGAAACGGAAAAUAUAAGACUGAUCGGUAAAAGAACUCGCGAAGCGGAAGAUAUCGAGGUCAGCAACAAGAAAUCUUUCCUCAUCGAGGAAAUAAAUCCCGGAAAGAAACCGGAGGAGCGCAAAUCUCGUAGCCAAAUCUCCGAGAGAUGCAGACAGCAUCUGAUACAGGAAACGAAGAAAUUCACGAAGAGAGUGUCGCCGUUGAUCGACAAAUGCAUAACGAAUCUAAUAAAAGACACGGAAAACGCGGGCGAAAAAUCGCAAUGCUAUAAGUAUGAUCGAAGAAGUCUCGGGGAAUAUCUGCCGUCCGGUUGCGUUUCGAAAAUGGAUCUUAACAAACCCGCGGGUGAUUUUGGAGAGCGAGACAAGUAUCGUAAUGAAUGUGGCAAUAAAUCUAGCGAUGUAACAAAUACGUAUUUUGAAAAACAAGAAUCGAUGACGAAACAAACGAUCAAUUCGCAAUCCGCUGCAUCAGCUAAUCCUUCCGAUAUCCAAUCGCUUGCCAAUCUUUUACAGCAAUCCGAAAAUUCUAAAUCGGAGUCACCGGCGGUAUAUGCCGAUGCACUUUACAAAGAAUUUUGCGAUCAUUUACAUGAAUUGGAGAGCAAAAAGAAAUUGCUGAUUAAGCCAGAUUUCAUAACGGACAAUGAACAAUCCAAAGAAAUAUUAUCUGACAAUAAAUUACUACAGAAAACAGAAUAUUUGAUAAAGAAAGCAGAUAAACCGCUGAUCGAAGUGAUUUCGACAUGUCCUACGGCGUUCAAAGAUUUCAAACGAACUUUCGAGCAAAAAGAAAUUAAACAACAGUCACACAGUUCGCAAACUACUUCUCAACAAAAAGACGCUGUCUUCAGAAGGUCCGAAGUGGCGACUGAAAUUUCUGACGAUUUUGAAAAACAUAUUAAUCAAGAGAGCGCAAUUGAUUCAAAAGAGGGAAUCAAAGUAGAAACGUUUUCAGCAUCGUGUACAAUAGAAAACGCGAAAUGCAAGGAAGAGUGUAUAUUGCCAAAUGAGAAACGCGAAAUCGUCACGACAAAUAUGAAAAAGAGUAUAGAGAUGCAAGUUGCACAGGAGAAUUAAAAUAAAUCGAAAUUGUGCUACAUUAUUCUUAGGUAAACAAUCGCAAUUAAACGCACUUAAUGCAUUGAUCGGAGGAGAAGCCGUACUAGGGAAUGAAGUUAACUUCUGUGGCAGCGAAGUUUUCGCGCGAUUGGAGAAUUUGUGUUACAGGUAUAAUAUAACGUUCUCGUUUAUAGUUUAAGUUGAAUAGAAUGUUCAUUUUAUGAGUAUUUUUCUUGCUCUUCUAUCUGAAAUAAAUGUGUUACUUUCAUGUAAAGACUCGUAUUUAAAUGCGGGGAACUUGGAAACUUCGUCGAAAGAAACUUGACAGGUGGUGAAACGGGUCGACCUUCUACUACGUACACUUUAUUUUUGUGUCCACACUCACAUCAAUUAUAUAAUAAUAAUAAUCAUAAUCAAUGACGAUGGCGGUGAUGUCGAUGAAACCGUAAUUAAUAAUAGUAAUAAUAAUUAAUCCGUAAUUGUGUGCAAUGAUAACCGGUUCGCACGCGAAAGAAAUGGUAUUUAAUCACUGUCACGUUUAAAUAUAUUAUAUCUUUCACCGUCGCCUCUCCUCGUUAAGCCUACGGCCUCCAAAAACGGAUCCCCGGAUGGAUCUCUCUCGGAUUCGUUUAUUCCCGCAGAAGCUAUCACUUUGUUUCACUUGGCAAGAAGCUCUUGAUAUUAUAAUAUAUUUAUAUAGAGUGAUACCGCGCGUGUAACGAAACUGUCCCCCUUUCGUCGUCCGACUGACUUCUCGUCUCUUUCUCUCUUUCUCUAUUCACUUCCCGUUCUCAUCGCACACUCCAUUUUCGUUUUACUUAUGCGGAGGAUCUAUACGAAUGUAUACCUCCCCUCGUCCUUCCCAAACAAACGUAAGGAUUACAUACCCGCUAGGAUCGUUUAUAGUAAUAGAUUUAUAAAUAUGCACGUAUAUAUCACCUCGCUCCUCCGCACAGGCACGCAAAAAUCAAAUUUGGUAUCUCGUUACCGUUUUUUUUUUCUUCAUUUUUUUUUUGUAUCUUUGUUCUCUUCUCCUCGCACUCUCACCUCUUACAUAGUUACUUGUGUUUCUCGUGCGCUUCUUUCCUCCCUCGCCCGCACUCUCGUUUGCUCCCUAUAAUUGUAAGUUAUUCUUCGAAACGUAUCGGAGUGUCGACCGAGAGCGGAUCGAUGAUUCGAGUACGGGAGAAUUGAGCGACGAUUCGAGAUUUAGGAUUUUAUCUUUUGUGCGAACGCGUGUAACUUUUUUCUCUCUCGUCGCCAUCCCGUCGAUCGGCGCUUCGUCGACACCCGGCACGUCUCUCUUUGGGUUUAUCUCCUCGGAACUAUACUCAUAUCGUUAUCGCGAUCAUGUUUUAUGGUUGUUAACCGUCGCGGUUAAUGAUUAUUUGAUGCGUUACAGUCCUUACACCUUACGACUUAUGGUUUACGUUACAGAGAGUAUCUUACAUGCUAAAGUUUUCUCUUUCCAAAAAAUUGGGAAGUUUACCGUUAUUUUUUUUUAUGUGUUCUUUCUUUUUGUCCCUUGUUGUAGGGUUUAUCGUCAAGUCAAAUACAGUACAGUUUCGGUCGAUAUCAAAAUCGAACGGUGACCUUGUGAGAAAAGAUGCUUCUUAUUAUCCGCCUUGUUUUCUCAUGCGAGAAUAUAAAAGAAGCAAUUGUCCUCGAUACAGUAGCAGACUUAAUGCCGGUUACCCUAAUUUGCAAUCACGAAGUAAAAGCAACGAAACUUUUUGUCACACCCUGUCGCACAUCUCCAUAUUUUUUUCAUUUUGCAACUUGGUUUUUUUUAUUAUAAGAGAUUGCGUUUAAUUACUUUGACACUGAAAAAACGCGUCAGUCUUUUGCUCUGAUGCAAUAAAAAUAAAUCCUCUCUCUCUUUCCUUCCUUCCUUACUUCUUUUCAAUACUUGUUCCCGGUACGGACGAAGCUUCGUCGUAACUUAAUUAAAAGCCAUGCAUUUUUAUUUUUCGUAAAAAGAGCGCGCGAUUCAUAAGCGUUUCCGCGGAUAAAUUCUGGCAAACUUUGUACUUUGAUAAUUAUUUUAUAAGUAAGAUUGUAUGAUUGUAACGUCGCGAAAAACUGGGGAUGGAAAGAAGCGGUGUGGUAAGUAAAAGCAAUAAUAGUAAUUUUAUAUUAGAAAAAAUAUUUUCACGAACCGAACUUUUUAAUCCCACGAUAUGUUCCAAAUAUCAUUAACGAAUGACAAUUAUCUGUCUUGUUAAAAUAUAUCGUCUUUUUUUUAUCUUAAAUGGGAUUAUAUUUUUUAUCUUAAAUAGGACGUUACGUGUCGAGUUACGAGUUUAAGAAGCGUGAAAAAGUUAAAAGUUAAAAAUGCACAAAAAUACAAGUUCCACCAAUUCCCCCGCUUUUCUCCUUCAUGAUUGCAAGAUCGAAUGCACCAGACUUUCAUAACGCUAGAUUUAACAAUUAAAAUCACGUAAAAAUCGUUAGACGAUUUAAGGCGUGUGUCUAAAGAAAACUUUACAAAAACCAUAACAUGUCUCAGUGUGUGUAUGUGAUGAAGUUCAUAAAAAUGCCGUUCUCUCAAUUAGAAUUUCGGGAUCGUUAUUAGAAUCGCGCGUUAAUGUUAAUGAGAAACGCCGUGAGAAGGGAUCGAGUUCACACGCUACCGUAUUAUAAUACAUGAGGUAACAAAAGCUCGUGUCUCAAAUUCGUAAUUCGCAUCGAAGGAUUCGCACUUGCGUCUGCACACCCUCUUAAGUAUAUUUACGUAUGUGUCUGCGUUUAAAAAAACUCGCCGGUAACUAUAACGACUUAGGAAUAUACGACAUUGAAAUUGAAAGAUAUUAUCGAACACUAUGCAAACGUGGGCCCUCGUGGUGCUCGUCGUUCAUCGAGACGAUGUGCUUGCGAUGGUGUUUCUCUGGGCAUAUAUGUAUAUUAAUCGGGCGCUCGAAUGCAAUCUUUGUAAUAAAUUACAAAUAUAUAUAACUGAAUCUUUAAUCAAUUAUUUACUUACUUGCGACGAUCUCGACGAAAGUAAUUUAAUCGUGGAUUAUCCACUUAUAUCGUAGAUCUGAAACGCGCCCUUCUACCAGUGAUCUUAAAUUGCACAGAGAAAAACGCGCAAGACAGAGGACCGAGCGAUUCUCACGUACUCGUUCACGCACAUGCAAAUCACGCAGUUUUGCAAAAUGAAAUAAUUAAUUAAUCGAACGUCCCGACCGGUCCGGCGCGAUUUUCAUUUCGCGUCGUUUCAGAAGUCGCGACGGGAUAAAUAGAUACAAUCACGCUCCGAGAUGAUUCCUAUAAUGAUUCCUAGUUGUAUGCGAAUUCUGUUAUCCUUUUAAUCACGUUUACCGAAUAGAUGGACUAUACCGCUCAGUUUUCUACGCAGAUAGAUCUACCUUGAUGAUCAAUGAACGCGGGUAGAUGACUGUACGCUCGAAAGAAUCAUCUCUAGGUUGGUUUCUCGCGUGAGCUUCAUUAUUGCGAAAUGUGUGUCGGAUGUCAUAUUACACUAAUAAAUUUUCCGGCGAAAGUUUAAGUAAAUAGACGCGAUAUCGAAAGCCAACGUAGCUUAUUACAGCAUAAAACUGCAAUUAUGGCGCGCGUAUGUGU